CUCACCUCGGUCCUCCGUCACCGCUUACCCGUGCAGUCGAGCACGCCACCAUGGCCCGCCCGUCAGCCACCGCCGCUUUCCUUCUCCUCCUCUCCCUCGUCGCCGUCGCCCACUGCCGCGCCCUCGAAGCCGACCCCGCCACCGACGCCUCUGCCGCCGAGUCCACCCCCGUACUCAAGGUCGGCGACGAGACGGGUCCACCCAACUCCUUCCCCGCCGAGGCGGACGCCAUCAAGAUCCUCGGCCUGCCCUCCCACCGGCACCACCCCUGCCGCCGCGGCCUCUUCCACCGCCACCUCUGGUGGGCGCGCCACCAUGGUAUCUUCCGGGAUGCCCACCGUUUCCACGGCCACGGCUUUCCCAGCAAGCUCGUCCACGACAGGGAGCCCACGGAGGCGGAGACGGAGGAGGUGAAGCCCGUGGCGGAGCCGGACCCGGAUCACUCGCUCCAGGACAGCGACGGCGAGGGGGAGCUGACCAGCUGGAAGCCGUUCCGUGGCAGCUACGUGGACGAGGAAGCGGUGGCGGAGCCGUGGAAGAAGGAGAUGCUGUGGUGGAUGUUCCGCCACGCCCUGCGCCACCACCACGGCCUCCACCACCGCUACGACGACGACGAGGACCACAAGCAUGAGGAGGAAGGCGCAGAGGGCAUGAAGAGGUUCCACCACCACGACCACGAGGAGGAUGAGGAGAAGGAUGAGAAGAAGACGAUGAGGAUGCUGUUCCACCACCACCACGACGAGAAGGGUGAGGAGAAAGAGACGAGGAAGAGGUUCCAUCACUCUGAACACGAUGACAGCGACGACGAGGACGAGGAAGUGGAGGAGCUGGUCAGACGGUUCAGGAAGGCGGUCAUGAGGAGGAGGUCUCGUCACGGCCGCCGCUUCCACCACCACGGCCACCACGAGGAGGACGGUGAGGAGGGCGGCGUGAUGGCGUGGAUCAAGGGCCUCAUGAACCGGUUCUAGAGCUGGUCUGCUGGUCUCAUAUAUGCUCGGUUUUCUGCACCCUGCAUGUCCAGUGUGUUCACUGCAUACCCGCAGUGUGCAGCAUUUCUCUGCGUAUUUCUACGGUUUCCUUCGUAUCAUACUACCUCUGCUUUAUCUACGGUGUGUGUUGUGUACGUACAGACGUACUUGUGUGCCUGCCUAGCUAGUGCAUCCUUGUCUAGUAUGCAAGUCCAAGGAUCGAUCAGUUUCCUGACGACGAGAAUGUAGCAGGUACCUAGCGAGCCAGGUAUACACUACAUGUGUGCUUCCAGUUCCAGCUGAGUGUGUUCAUGUCAUGUUAUGCAGGUUACUGUUAAUUACUACUACAGUGUAAUUUGUGUGCUU